AGCCCCGGAAACCAGCAGGCGCUGGGAGGGUGGGGGAGAUAGCGGCAGCAGUAGCCCCGGCCCACAGAGAGCCGGCUGGGAGGAGGGUGUUGGGGGCACGGCCCCCCCACCAUUCCUACCGCUAUGGGCCCAGCUUCCCACUCCCACCACCCCUACAUCGGCCGGGGCUAGGACAUCCCCAAAUCCUGUCGCCCCCCUUGGCACCGACACCGAGACAGAGAUACAGCCAGCCGCCACCACCGCUGCCGCAGCCUGGCUGGGGAGGGGGCCCGUCCCCCAGGCCCCCCGCCCCAUUGAGGUGACCAGAAUGGAGCUGUGGCCCGGGGCCUGGACAGCGCUGCUGCUGCUACUGCUCCUCCUGCUGUCCACCCUGUGGUUCUGCAGCCCCAGUGCCAAGUAUUUCUUCAAGAUGGCCUUCUACAACGGUUGGAUCCUCUUCCUGGCUAUACUCGUAAUCCCUCUGUGUGCUGUGCGUGGACGAAAUGUCGAGAACAUGAAGAUCUUGCGUCUGCUGCUGCUCCACAUCAAAUACCUGUAUGGGAUCCGAGUGGAGGUGCGGGGGGCUCAACACUUCCCUCCCACGCAGCCCUACGUUGUGGUCUCCAACCACCAGAGCUCCCUCGACCUGCUCGGGAUGAUGGAGGUGCUGCCAGACCGCUGUGUGCCCAUUGCCAAGCGUGAGCUACUCUGGGCUGGCUCUGCCGGGCUGGCCUGCUGGCUGGGAGGAGUCAUCUUCAUUGACCGGAAACGUACAGGCGAUGCCAUCAGUGUCAUGUCUGAGGUGGCCCAGACCCUGCUCACCCAGGAUGUGAGAGUCUGGGUUUUUCCUGAAGGAACAAGAAACCACAAUGGCUCCAUGCUGCCCUUCAAACGUGGCGCCUUCCACCUUGCAGUGCAAGCCCAGGUUCCCAUUGUCCCCAUAGUUAUGUCCUCCUAUCAAGACUUCUACUGUAAAAAGGAGCGACGUUUCACCUCGGGACGAUGUCAGGUGCGGGUGCUGCCCCCAGUGCGCACAGAAGGGCUGACACCAGAUGAUGUCCCAGCUCUGGCAGACCGAGUCCGGCACUCCAUGCUUACCAUCUUCCGGGAGAUCUCCACUGAUGGCCUGGGUGGCGGUGACUGUCUGAAAAAGCCUGGGGGAGCGGGCGAGGCCCGACUCUGAGUUCCCUCCCACCCUUCCCAUCUUUCUCCCCAUACCUCUGACCCAGAGCCUCAAGCAGGGCCAGGCCCCUUCCUGGGUCCCCACUCCCUACUCUCCUUUUGGAAUCUUCAGCUUCUGAAGUGAAUACGGAUACAGCAUCACUCCAUGUCCUUUCCCUCCCCUAUCCAUGGACUCUCCUGCGUGGGCGUGCGUACAGCCUCCACUCCGAUCCCCACCUGCCAUCUUGUCUUGUGGGACAGUUGCCUCCCCUCAUCUCAAGUGGCUCAUCGGAUACAAGGGUGGGGGACAUUCCAUCCCAUCCCCACCCCAAGUGGUCUCUUUGUGGCCUUCUCUCCCUCUCCACCCCACACUGGACAAUGGACUCAUCUGUUCUGUGGAACAAUCCAUCCCUUACCCCAAGUCCACAGAUUGAGUGGACCCAUCUACUAGGGAGGACUCUUCAUCCUGUGGCUGGAAGCUGAACCUGAACACUCCACUGGCUCGCUCACCUGGGGAACUUCCUCAACACUGUCCCCCUCAGCCUCAGCGGGGCUGGGCUCUUCUAACUCAGAGCUCUUACCCCUGCCUGUGCCAGGGGCUGAGCCCACUUCAGAUGCCAAUUUCUGCUUCCCCUAUCCCCUUGGUAGAGGUCUUCAGGGUCCUGGCCUGGCACCAUCUAAGGAAAUUCUGGAGGGGUGGAUCUUAGAAGCCGCACUCUCUGCUCCCUGGGGCCUUAGGGGAAAGAACCUGACCCUGGUGAGAGGGAGAGGGGGUGCUUAAUUUAUUUCUCUUUCUUUUGAGGGACCUCCCUCUCUGAGCAGUUUUCAUUUCCUCCCAGUGGCAUUGGCCACUCCCCCUGCCUCCCACUCUAGACCCACUCUUAAGACCCAGGAGAUAGGCUGGGGGCAGAAGGAACGAGUGGAACCCGGUUUUAUGUGGUUGGUUUUUAUUAUCUGGGUAACAGCAAGCAACUGAGAAUAAAGAGAAAGAGAGA